AUGGGAAGCACAAGCUUUAGUGAACCACCGACGAAAAGGGCAUCUUCAAGACCACAGUUUUGGCUCAAAAGAAGUCAUAAAGAUGGUCUUGUCAUUUUGGACAAAUCUUCACCUCGAUUCGGUGAUAAUUUUGAAGAACAUGCUUCUGAAGAACCAUCGAAACAGUUAGUUAAACAUAUCAUACGCAGGACCGCUAAUUAUGUGUCACGAACAAAAACACUGAAAAAGGCACCUAUUUUGGGACCUGUGACUUACAGUGACGCUUUUUUUACGAAAGACGGUGGCAUUCCAUGGAGCGAUGAUCAUCUCAGAAACCUGUACACAAGACUCGAAAAUGGAGUCGUAUUGACCAAAGUUAGUCGUAAGAAACAAAUCGAACACAUUUUUCGUGUUGAAAGCGGUAAACUUCAUUGGCGUGACACCAAGAGCAUCGGCAUCGAUACCAUCAAAGAUGUAAGAACCGGAGAAAUGGCGAAGAACUACAUUGAGGAUUACAAGGCUUCAAACGUAGCGGCCAAAAAUUGGGUCACCAUCAUAUAUCAACUGGGUACCAAGUUUCGCGCAUUGCAUCUAGUGGCCCACAACCAUGUAGAUCAUGAAUGUUUGUACGUAGGUAUCGUCAGCAUGGUGGAUUCCAGGCGUUACCUUAUGAGAAGUAUCUCAGAUCCGGAUGAUGAGAUGUUCGCCAACGUCCAUUGGCGUGCCAACGUCUCUGCUGAGAAAGCAGCCGAUGACAUAGACGUACUUUCCUUUCAAGACGUGGAAGAACUAUGUGCCAAGUUCAAUAUAUUCUGUUCCAGCCGCUACUUACGACGACUUUUCGACGUAGCGGAUAUCAAUAACAAUGGUCUCCUUAGUUUUCCAGAGUUUCAAAGCUUUGUUCGAGAGCUCAAAUGCCGGCCGGAAGUGUACAGUAUUUGGCGCGGUAUAACGAAGGGUACCGAUCAGUUGAAUUUAAAUGAUUUCAUCCGCUUUGUUAUAGAGCAACAGCAUGAAGAACAGGACCUCGUUAAAAUUACAAGCGACUUCCGAAAAUUCAGCCAACGAAACGAUUUAAUGACGCUAGAGGGGUUCCGAAAAUAUAUGACCUCUCAGCCGUAUCUGGAUGAUACUAGAACCGAUUAUUCACAUCCAAUCAACAAAUAUUUCAUUUCCUCCUCGCACAAUACUUACCUACAGGGCAAACAGUUGGGAGAAAAUCCAACAGUGGAAACUUACGUGCUUGCGUUGCAACAAGGCUGUAGGUGCAUUGAGAUCGACAUAUGGGAUUCCGAGGAUGGUCCUGUAGUUUGCCAUGGCAGACUAACGGGUUCGCUACCUCUUGGAAAUGUAAUAAAAGUGGUGCGAAAAUAUGCAUUCAUCACUUCUCCUUAUCCCCUAGUUCUUUCUUUGGAGGUGCAUUGCAAGCCCGCAAAUCAGGUUAUUAUGGACAACAUUCUCCGACAAGAGCUGGGCAGUAACAUAUUCAAUCGUCCAGUCAAGGAUACACUUCCCUCCCCCGCAGAUCUGAAGCAUAAAUUUUUGAUCAAGGUCAAGAAAUCCAAGAGUGAUGUACCAAAGUCUUUGCAGGACGAAGACUCUGUAACGUCGUCCACAAGCUCUUCGUAUGACUCUGAGUUUGAAGUGCCAAAGAGAUCUGGACGACGGCUCAGCAUUUCGACGAAAUUGCAUGUUAUUGAUAGCCUGGUAGCGAUGUCGCUCAUUCAUGGGCUCAAAUUCAGAAAUUUUUCCUUACCGGAGUCCAAAACAGAAAACCAUUGCUUCUCGUUGAACGAGAAAAAGCUUGAGAAUCUGGCGAAAGAUGAGUUGCAAAAGCUGGCUGUCGAAAAGCAUAAUCGGCGUUUCCUUAUGAGGGUGUACCCGCACGCAUUGCGGUACAAAUCCUCAAAUUUUAAUCCUAUCAAGUUUUGGGAACUCGGUGUCCAGAUUGUUGCCACCAAUUGGCAGACGUUUGACAUAGGUCAACAGAUCAAUAAGGCCAUGUUCCAGCUACCAUUAGAAGACGCACCUUUAUGGCAUUCUGGUUAUGUCUUGAAGCCGGACUAUCUGCUGAACAACGUAGCCAAAGCUAAUGAUAUUAAGACUAUGCGGAAGGGUCUCGAGAAACGCAAUGUUUCUCUACGAGUAGAGAUUCUUUCUGCGCAGAUGCUCCCUAAACCGAAGGAUUUUAAGCAAAAGCAGAAACAGGCGUUUCCCUGCUUUAGCGUAAACCUCAACAUUUUUAGCAACAAUAAACCGAUAGAGCCCUUAGAAAGCGAAAAUGGACUGGUGCAAUCAGAAACUUCAGGUUGCACCCCCAACCGCGGCGAGAACGGUUUCAACCCCGUGUGGGAAACCAAGUUCAAGAUUACGCUUGAAGAUACUUUUUUCAAUUUUCUACUUUUCAAAGUCAAAACCGCCGACACCGAGCUAGCCACCUGCUGUCUGAAGCUAAGUUAUCUACGACAGGGUUAUCGGCACGUUCCUCUUCACAGCGAAAGCGGCGAGCGUUACAUUUUUUCGACCUUAUUCAUUCGUGUUGACUACGACUACGACGGUAAGAAAGAGUAA